AUGCGGGGCGCGAGCAAGGCCGCCGAGAGCGCGUCCGCACGUCUCUGUGCGGACGCCGAAGCAGAAACCGCAGCAACUGAUGUGUCACCUGGUGAUGCAGGCGCUCGUCAUGAAGACACUCAAGUCUUCACAGAGUAUGAUCUCGGUGUCUCAUACUCUCCCGAUACGGAAGACGGAUCCGUAUCGACGGCGAUCGAAACCAAGCCGCCUGCCGAGCGUGGCAUGGAUGAUGCUACGCGUCGUAGCAUCUCUAGUUCAUCUGACGAAUCAGAUGAACCAUCGCCGAAGCGAAGGCGCUCGAGGUCGCAAGACUCAGGCGCUCAUAGUGGUGUCGGUUCUCGUAUUGACACCACUUCGCAGCGAGGUACCAGUACUUCUGUCGGCACGUCGCAAGAAGAGCGGGACCGCAGUGUGUUGCGUCUCGCUCCCGAGAAGAAGGCAUGGAUGCCUCCAAAAUCAGUCAUGGAUCACUUGUCGGCGACGACGAGUGAUCGUUAUCGAGCACGGUUGUUCGAUUCGUCAAGGAUCCAUCACCUUGAUUCCAGUGCGAAAAACUAUCGCGCUGAGAAUGAGUUCUUCAUCGAUGCUUUCUUUAAGCAUCGAUGGUACAGUGUGAAUCACAAACGUGAUGGUCCCUCACUGCUUCAAGCGUGGAACGCCUACAUCCAUAACCUUGAGGAUGUAGGUCGUGACGUUUGGAACGACAAACUUAUCAAAGCUCGGGAUAAGUUUGAGAAAAGAACCCCGACAGGUGCACGCUAUGAGCUGCAUCGUCUGUCAAGGGAGAAAGGAUUACCCUGCCUUUCUUGGGGAGACCCGUGCCCUUGUCGUGUAAACAACUCUGCGCGCACACCUAAGGAGGCUUACCUCCUUACUAGCCCGUGGUGGCGCGUACGUAUCUCUAGUGACAUGUACGAAGGGAUUGCCAACCUGAAAUCCCUUUACGACCGUGCCGGGAAGACUUUCUCCAGCGUUCCUUCUGCGGCACAGGAUGUGCCGCGUCGUACUGCUCAACCAGACCCAGUACGUCAAGUUGGGAGCAAGGCUCCCAAGAAUCCCAGGACGGGGGAUAGCCGCGCCACCGGACGAGAUGACUCGUCCGAAGUCCGUUCAAGUCGCGGUGGUUCAACAGCUGCUCAACCUGAUAGCGCUGGCCACCGCGAAAGUCCUUCAGAGGAGGUGGAGGAGGAGGGAAGACGCUCUUCAAGUCUCUUUUAUCGCGUAGCGUUUGCGUUACGCGACGACCUCGAGCAUGAGCGGGACAGACGUCUUCAGUUGGUGGACGCUGUCUUGAAGCAUCGAGCUGACUUUGCCUUUGCUCAGCUUGAGAACGAGAGAAAUUGGACUUCUCUGCGUAAUGAGCUAAGGAUAGCUCAGGCGGAAAUUGACCAUUCUCGAGCUGAGAUAACUGCUCUUCAGACCCUUGUCGAUGGCCACCAUCGGGAGCACAAGUCUCUCUGUGAGAUGCUUCAGCGCAAGGGCAUUCUUCAUCGGAAGAAGCAGCGUACUGAUGGUACAGCUUAA